UUUAACGACAAUUAUGGAUCUCAACUUACCUGAAUUACCUCAAAACUUCUUUUCAACCUCCAAAUACAACAUUAAAAAGGCUAACUGGUUGUUGUUUCAGGAACUAAUCAUCCACGAGAUCGAACGACAAGAUAUUCAAGGUCUGGAUGAUAUUCGAGCAAUAAUUUUAUGUGCAGCUGAUCGUUCAAUUCCUGUAAAAAAACACCCUGAAAAACUCUCCAGCUAUAGGGUUCCCUGGUGGGACGACGAGCUAUCCACUCACGUAAAAAACAGGUCAGACGCCUAUAAAAAAUACCGCCUCAAUCCCACAUUAGAGAAUUACUUGAAUGCAAAACAUAAACAAGCUACAACCAAGCGAAAAAUCAGAGAAAAGAAGAAAACAUCCUUCAGAGAGUUCUGUGAGAGCCUGUCAGUAAAAGAUAGUAAAAAUCUUUGGAGAAAUAUCAGAAGAUUUCGCUCUGGAGUCUCCCCAAGCCCGUCAAGACGAGCCUCUCCUUCUUGUGGUAGAGAAAUCCUCCCUAGACUCUGUCCAUCUCCUCAGCUUGAUUUGAACGAAGAAGAUAGAACCCCUCUUAGGAACAUUGAUCCUCCGCCAGUUCCACAAGUGUUGUCUUUUGUACUGCUCCCCCUGCCCCGGAGCUGGAAAAAUACCAACCUCUAAUAGUAUUGAUUGUAUUGUACAUUGUUCUAAGUUCAAAAUAAAAGAUAAUCUAGUUUAACAAAUCUCUCAGUUACAACGAAAUGUUCCAUGUGUAGAUGGCCUCGCUGCCAAGCACAAUAAAAGAAGAAG